ACUGACUGGUUACACAUUAACCAAAUGAGCUGGGGCAUGCUGUCUCAUUAUCAAAUCUUUCUGUUCUCGUAAUUAUGGCCACUCGCUAGCAUUUGGCAUUAGUAAGUUGGUAAAUGGGUACUUGGUAUGAAUAAUAUUUGAGACUAUAGUGGUACAUAUACAACAUAACAGGACAGGUUUUGUACACAAGGUGCCGUGGUUGAGUAUUGGAGAAGGACAAGACACAGCGUUGUUCUGGGACUAUUUGACUGUUAACGAAAACAAUUUAGCCACCAUCACCAUGGGAUGUUUUGAAUCAAAAACAGAAGGAGAGAGUAAGUUAGUUUUCUUGUCUUUGCCAUAAAAAUAUGGAUAUUUGUCUUUCAAAAGAAGAACAUGUAUUAUUCAACACUACAUUACUUUAUACAGUACAGAGCACGGUGGAUUCAACAACGAAGGACAAAGAAAACCCUUCACAGUCAGAAACUCAGCUCAAACUAUCUCCAGAAAAAGAUAUAAAUCAAGCACGCUCACAUGAAGUGGAUGUUACUCUGGAUGUGGACACAGCUCACCCUAAGCUGAAGAUACAUGGGAACUCACUACAGUGGAUAGAUGAAUCACCACAGAGAAACAUUGACAUUGAGAACUGUUUUGAUGAAGAGCCUUUUGUGUUGGGCAAAAUGGGCAGUCCUUUGAAGACUUACUGGGAGGUGAAUGUGAAGGAGAAGGAAGACUGGGUGCUUGGCGUUGCCAAGGCAAUGGCUAACAGGAAGGGGCCGUUGGCUUUCAGUCCAACUAAUGGAUUCUGGGUAAUCAGACUAUCCAAUGGGCAAAGACUUAAAGCCAUGGAGGAUGAAGAACACGUUCUUGACAAAGGUAUUCCAGAUAAAGUUGGUAUCUAUCUAGAUUAUCAGGAAAGGAAGGUGACUUUCUUUAAUGCAGAUGAAGAUUCACUCAUCUACUCAUUUAUCAAUGGACCAAGUUAUCAGGAUGAUGUCCUGCCACUUUUCUCACCCUGGAACAAUGAUGCAAAACCAAUCACAAUUUUGCCCAUCACAGCAACAUAGGAAAACAUAAAUGAUCGCAUUCCCUGUCAAUAGCUUGUCAUGGUUUAAAGCUAUGCAAAACAUUUUUUAUUAAGUAAUAUCCAGAAUUUUGGAUUACUUUCUAUGUUCAUUUGCUGUCAUCUAACCAGGUAUCAACGUUGUGUCCAUAUUUUCUGUUAAUAUAUUAAUGCUCUGUCUUUCCGACUUGAAGAUUACUGACAUCAUGAUUUGAUCUCGUAUUUGUCUGAGUUCCCUGUUGUCGUGAAAGCACUAUAAAACUCAUGGUACCCUCCGCCAGGCCA